AAUUAACUUGGAUGUAAUCAGCUGGUGUUUUCACUAUUAUUACGUAUUUUGUUGCUAUAAUUGCUAUGUAAAUUCACUACAUUCACAGAUAUUGCUCCUAGACACUAUGAAAAUGUAUCUACGAAUAUUCAAUCACUAGCACGUAUCAUCGGCUCUGAAGUCAAAAAUGUGUCCCAGCUGUCUGAAUUCUAUGUUAAAAACGUGCAACUGUCGGGUAUCAUUGGGAAAGGAGAAGAAUAUCAUUUGUAUUUUAAUCUAUCAGAGAUAUCGGAAGUUAUCAAAAGAUUUUCUGAUAGCAUUAUUGCUUGUGGCAACAAUAGUGUUGCAAUUUUCAAAGAGCUGUGGAAUUACUUAAACAAACGCCGUUUUGAACCACUGGUGGAGUAUAAGGUCCAUACUAUCUUUCAAAUGAACAUGCUUGCAUUUCAAAGAAAACAUCGAACAUUAUUCAAACGGAUUGUAGAAAAUCUAAAGCAAAAAACUCAACACAGUAAACAUUGUAUUUCUGAGAUCGAUUUGCAAUCAAGACUCAGUAGACUAUCUGAAUGGUUAGGGAAAUUGUACAACACAUUCAGGGCUUUGGAGUACGAUUUGAAAAAGAACGACAAUUAUGACAACUUUCAAUCACAGAACGCCCAGACACUUGAUAUGUUCAAAAGUCUUGUGAAUGAGGCUGACCGACGCACUAAGGACAUGGUUGAAAAAGAAACUAGUCAUGUGACAUAUAUAAUACGUCAGUUUAACAUUGAAGAUGACCAGUUAAUCCAGCAAUUGGCAGAUAUUGAAGCAGACUGGUUUCUCAAGCAUGAUGAGGUCAUUUCAUACACACCAAGAAAUGAGAAGAGUUCCACUGCAUUCAGUAUAAAAGGGCGUUAUCAUCGAAGCCGUAUGCAUAUAUAUGCAUGUAGUUCAAGCGUUAUAAUUGCGUCACCAAAAAGAAAUUCAACGGAAAACUCGAAUACAGAGACAGUUUUGAACUGUUACGACCGUAACUAUGUUGACGUAGAGUUUAUUGACACAAAUAACAGGGAGAGCUGGAUGCCCGAUAAAAGACUGAUGUUUAAAAUGUGGAUAUACGACAAAGAUGAGGGCAAAGACAACCCAACUGACUAUACAAUAGGUCUUCACUCUAAUACAUUUGCUGAUUUAGGUGAAUGGAAGAAAGCUCUUAUGGUUUCUGAAGGAGAGAAUGGGGUAUACGACGACUACAGGCAUCCGAUUAAAAUUGUAUCAGAAGCAUUUUCUAGUGACCGAAAAAACGAGCUGUGUCUUGAUGUGAACGAUACUGUGGGAAUUUUGGAAACAGAACGAUCACGUGGUGAAGAUUGGACGAGAGGGAAGCGACAGAAGGACGGAAAAAUUGGGUGGUUUCCGAGUAAGAUAGUUAGCGAAGAGGCAGAAAGUGAUUUCUACCGUGGAAUACUUAUUAAAACACGUUAUCGACAAGCAAGAAGGCAACCAUCUGCGACGUCAAGCUCAUAUUAUUAUGAAUAUUAUUAGUAGUAAUAUUGUAAUGGAAAAUUAGCUUGUAUUAGCUGUGAUUUUUAUGUUCUAUAUAUAUAUAU